CAAAAUGAACCGCAAAUGCAAUUAGUUUUUGCUGAGCUGUAUAGAUCUAUAGAGCUAUGAAACUAAAAACAAGUUUCUCUACCUUGUUAUUUUUUAUGUUUGUCAAUGCUCAAGGUGACAUCACUCAGAGUCAGAAUAUAGAGAUGGCAAUGAGAUUGUGUUCAACUGUGAGUUCUUUGGAAACGUGAUUACGAUUGGAGUGGUCAGUCUCCGUGCUGACAGUUCGAAUGAUACUGAAACAUCUAUUGGUACAAGCACACACACAAAGACAUUCACCGUAACUCCAUCAGAUGAGAAGGCUGCUUAUUGUGAAGCUGGUGGUGUGUCCACAGAUUUGGUAUAUUUUGGAGCAAUACCUGUUCUGGAACCAACUGUAACAAGACUACUUGCGAUUGUCGGAAGUGAACUUAUACUAGUAUGUCCUUAUGAACUAGGCACAGCAAGUGAUCAUAUAAGCCCCUACCAUCAUAUCUGGUUUAAUACAGACAAUUCCAACGUUGCAAUCCCAGAAGAGUUUAAUCGAAUACUGAAUGCUUCUGUUUCAAAGCAGUCACCUAAUUUUUCUACUUAUACCUGUGCUCUGAGGAUGCAAGAAUGCAGUGCAUGUGAAUCAGUGGUUGAGUAUCCUUCUUUUAAUAGACCACAAUUUCAAUUGACUAAAGUUGUGCCACUUUCAAUUGAUGUUGCCCCUGUUACCCGAAAUGUGUCCGCUGGUUCUCCUGCCACCUUUGAGUGUGCUGCCAAUGGAACGAGUAUAGAGAUUAUAUGGAUGUAUAAUGGAGAUAGCUACACUGCUGACGAUGGAAAUGUAACCACCUCCCGCAUAGACUCGCCUUAUAUUCGGAGCAUAUUAAAAUUAUCAUCCCCUUCCAGCAAUGGAAGUGUUAUUUGCAUUGUUCGUCAAUUGUUUGAUGGUACCGUUUCAUCACUGAAUAACAACGACUUUAGCAACAGUUUACCAGAACAGAUCAUGAACUCUACUGCAGAGCUCAUAGUAAUACCAGGAACAACCUCUCCUACCACUAUGCGUACUACCUCUGCCACUACUCUCCCUACUACCUCAACAGCUGAUACUAGUGCUGCAAUAGCUGUCAUCAUCCUUACACUUGCUGCAACGGGGGCAGGCUUUUGCAUAAUAUGUAUAGUUUGUUUUGGGCUCUACAAACGAAGACAGCUGUUGAAAGCAAACCAACUUGCAAGAACUGGUUUAAGGCAUGAUCUUGCAUUACCUGAUAAUACUAUCCGACAACUGUCAACGUUAACUCCAAUCAAUGGCACACAAGAAUCUACCCCGAGUACCAAUGAGGUGAACAGCUCAGAGUUGCCGCCGGAGACGGUACCCCGAUUUCCAACAACUGACCCUACAGCUCAAGUGUCUAUUACCGAUGGACAUCACUCUUCCAUAUUGGAACCAUCUAUUGCUAUCAACGAUUCAAGAGGAGAAUCCAUUGCAAAUGAAACUUCUACUGGCACAGAAAAAGCUUCCACUGCUGGGAAAAGUGUUGAAGAGGUUUCAAGUGCUAUAGCCAAUGCUUGGUCCCUGAUACUUGGUAAUGUGAUGAAGCUGCCUGAUCUACCAGAAUCUCUAAAGAUACCAGGAUCUCAACUGAAACUGAGCAGUGAUCCCAUUGGACAAGGGGAAACUGGAAUGGUGUACAAAGGUUUACUAAUGAACUGGAAAGAUGAGCCAUUGCAAGCUGUGGCCGUGAAGACAUUAAAAGGUUUGUUUUCCUCGUCGGAUAUUCAAUUUCUGAUGAGUGAGAUUAUCAAGAUGAAGGAUUUCAACCACCCUCACGUCAUGCCCCUGAUUGGAGUGUGUCUAGAUGCCGGACCCGGUGUUUCCAUGGUGAUGCCACAUAUGACCAAUGGGAGUGUACUAGAUUAUUUGAAAAAGGAGAGAAGUGGUUUAAAAUUGACUGGAAACUGCAGCAAAGAAAAGGCACAGAGUGUCAGGAAGCUGUUGUUGAGAAUGUGUCAUCAGAUUGCCCUAGGAAUGGAAUAUCUCUCUCAGCAAAGAUUCAUUCAUCGAGACUUGGCAGCACGGAACUGCAUGUUGGACUCGAGUGGUGAUGUCAAAGUUGGUGACUUUGGACUGGCCGAAGACGUCUACAGCACUGGAUAUUUUAGACAGAAUGAACGAGCUGAUAUCAAGCUGCCCUACAAGUGGAUGGCAUUGGAAAGUCUAAACGAUGCCAUCUUCACUGAGAAAACAGAUGUGUGGUCGUACGGAGUGACUAUGUGGGAGGUCUUCAGUGGCGGUCAGAUUCCCUAUCCUGGAGUAGACGUCAGGACUCUUGUCAAGUUCCUACAGAGAGGAAGCCGAUUGGACGCUCCCGUUAACACUGCUUGUACUGCUGAAAUCUCAGCGGUGAUGCAGAGAUGCUGGCUGGAGGAUUAUAAAGAGAGGCCAUCCUUCACUGACCUGUCUUCAAUAAUGGACGCCAUGCUCUCCUCUGUGUCUGACUAUGUUGAACUGAACAUGAAGCUCCCUCAUAAUAGCCAAGACUACAUAGACAUGAGUGGAUACGACGAUUUAAACGAGUCGCUCAGGAACAGAGCAAUUAGGACCAACCCUUACAAGCUCUCAACAAUAGUUUAAUCAUGUGUUUCUAUCGUAGCAGUUGUUACUGACAUAACUUCACUUGAAUUGGUGCAAAUGAAUUUUGAAAUAUUCACAGGAAUAUGGCAAUUAUUAGCAAUAUAUAUAUACAGGUUAAAAAGUGACUAGCUAUCCGGUAACUUCUAUACUUAUACAGCACAUCUAUAGUUAGCAGUUAGUGUUUCAAACUAUAAUUAUUUAAUUUAUGUACACAGCUAAAUAACACCACAGUGUUAUUCUAAUCUGGUCACGCCCACCUGGUUGAGCUCGUGAUGGACCUUGUUGAAGAUCAGUGCCUUGUCGUAGUCGGCCGUGUACCUCUUCACAAUAUCAUGUACUGCAUGGAGGAGCAAACAAUUGGCACAGAGUGUCAGGAAGCUGUUGUUGAGAAUGUGUCAUCAGAUUGCACUAGGAAUGGAAUAUCUCUCUCAGCAAAGAUUCAUUCAUCGAGACUUGGCAGCACGGAACUGCAUGUUGGACUCUAGUGGUGAUGUCAGAGUUGGUGACUUUGGACUGGCCGAGGACGUCUACAGCACUGGAUAUUUUAAACAGAAUGAACGAGCCGAUAUCAAGCUGCCCUACAAGUGGAUGGCAUUGGAGAGUCUAAACGAUG